UCAAGAUAUUUAUUGAGAGAGACCUCCGUAUCAGUCUGAUUACAUAUAUGAUAUACUAUACUUUAGGUUUAACCCUUUAAAUAAAACACGACCGUCAAAGAAGGCGAAUACGAUUCUUCUAAGGUUCUGUCUCUGUAAAGUCUCUUCCCCUAUAAAACUCCAUCAGAACAUUUGUCCAUUCGAAAUCACAAACCAAGUUCGCAUCUCUUUAAAACUUAAACAAUGGGUUCUGCCUCCAACCAUCUCGUCACUCCCUCCGCCGUCGACUCCUCCUCGCCGCUUCCCUCGAACCUCACCCAAGACGACCUCAAGAAACUCGCCGCCUACAAAGCCGUCGAGUACGUCAAAUCCGGAAUGGUCGUCGGCCUCGGCACCGGCUCCACCGCCAAACACGCCGUGUCCCGCAUCAGCGAGCUCCUCCGCGAAGGCAAGCUCCGCGACGUGAUCGGCAUCCCCACCUCCACCACGACGCACGCUCAGGCGGUCUCUCUCGGGAUACCUUUGUCUGAUCUGGACUCCCACCCGGUGGUGGAUCUGUCCAUCGACGGCGCCGACGAGGUCGAUCCAUCCCUCAACCUCGUCAAGGGACGCGGCGGGUCGUUGCUGAGAGAGAAGAUGGUGGAGGGGGCGUCGAAGAAGUUCGUGGUGAUCGUCGACGAGUCGAAGCUCGUGAAGCAUCUCGGAGGGAGCGGGCUCGCCGUUCCGGUGGAGGUCGUGCCGUUCUGCUGCGAUUUCACGAGGGGGAAGCUGGAGGAGCUUUUUAAGGAAGCGGGGUGCACGGCGAAGCUUAGGGUGACGAGCGGCGGAGAGACGGCGCCGCCGGCUGUGACGGACAAUGGUAACUACGUGGUGGAUCUGUACUUGGAGAGGGAUAUGGGAGAUUUGGAGGCGGCGAGCGAGAAGAUACUGAGGUUGCCUGGAGUGGUGGAGCACGGGAUGUUUCUUGGGAUCGCGACGACCUUGAUCGUCGCCGGGAAAGCCGGUAUGACGGUUAGGGAUAGGUUUGGGUAAAAGAGUAAUUUCGUUGGGGGGGGGGGAGGAAAUUAGGGUUUAUGGUUUGGUUUUUGGUUUAAGAUGGAUCUUUGCUUCUGUAAACCCUUUGACUUAUUCUUGUGGUCUAGUAUGUAAGUGUUUGACUCUUUGAAUGCUUACUGUUUGGUUGGUUUUAAACGAGUUC